CAUCACCAUCACAAUCACCAUUCAAGCAUUCACAACCAUAAUCACAGGCCAUUGCAACUUUCCUUAGCUGCAAGUCUGCAACAAUGCCUAACAACAAAAAGGACACACCUUUCACAUUCCCUCAAGCCCACUCCACAGUUCUCCCUGACCCCUCAACCUUCUUCUCCCAAAACCUUGUCUCACCACUCCCCACAAACUCUUUCUUCCAAAACUGGGUCCUCAACAAUGGUGACAACCAAGAGUAUAUUCACCCUUAUCUCAUCAAACCCUCAAACAGUUCUCUUUCCAUCUCAUACCCUUCACGCUCUGCAAACUCUGCUGUCAUAUACCAAGCCUUCAACCCUGAUCUCACCAUCACUUCCGCUGACAACAAAAUCAAACAAAGCUCCAAUAAAAAACACACAAUCUCAUCCUAUACUGAUCUCAGUGUCACAGUGGAUAUGCCUUCUUCAAAUAUGAGCUUUCCCCUUGUCAGGGGAAGCCCCUAUGUGACUGUUCGUGUGACUGAACCAACCCAUAUAUCCAUCUCAACAAUCCAUGCCAUUCUCUUUGUGACUCCAUUGGAUCCAUCGCUCACCAAGUAUAGUUUUACCCUUAACAAUAGCCAAACAUGGAUCAUAUAUGCUUCUUCCCCGAUCUUUUUAACCAGAGGCAGAGACACCUCUGAAAUCACUUCUGAGAGGAGUUUUUCUGGCAUAAUCCGAUUAGCUCUAUGGCCGGACUCUGAUACGAAAUACGAAGCUAUUCUUGACAAGUACAGUUCUUGUUACCCUGUUUCAGGUGAUGCUGUGCUCAGAGAACCCUUCUUUAUGGAGUAUAAGUGGGAGAAGGAAGGUUCAGGGGGGGAUUUGCUGCUAUUAGCACACCCUCUUCAUGUUAAUCUUUUAUCAAAACAUGGUGUCACUGUUCUUGAUGAUUUCAAGUAUAAUAGCAUUGAUGGGGAGCUAGUUGGUGUUGUUGGUGAUUCAUGGCUUUUGGAAGCAGAUCCUGUUUCUGUAACAUGGCAUUCUACAAAGGGCGUGAAAGAAGAAUCGCGUGACGAAAUUGUUUCAGCACUUUUGAAAGAUGUUGAUGGUCUUAAUUCAUCAGGAAUAACACAAACAAAUUCUUACUUUUAUGGGAAAUUGAUUGCAAGGGCAGCAAGGCUUGCAUUGAUAGCUGAAGAGGUUUUCUUCUAUGAAGUGAUUCCAAAGGUUGUGAAAUUUUUGAAGGAAACCAUUGAGCCUUGGUUGGAGGGAACUUACAAUGGGAAUGGAUUUCUAUAUGAUGGGAAAUGGGGUGGAAUUAUAACCAAACUAGGUUCUACUGAUACAGGUGGUGAUUUUGGAUUUGGAAUUUACAAUGAUCACCAUUUUCAUUUAGGGUACUUCCUCUAUGCAAUUGCAGUGCUUGCCAAAAUAGAUCCAGCUUGGGGUCGGAAAUAUAAAGCACAAGCCUAUUCAAUAAUGGAAGAUUUCAUGAACUUAAGCACAAGAUCAAACUCAAAUUACACGCGUUUAAGGUGUUUUGAUUUUUACAAACUUCACUCUUGGGCUGCUGGUUUGACCGAGUUCAACGAUGGAAGAAAUCAAGAGAGUACAAGUGAAGCUGUAGGUGCAUAUUACUCUGCAGCAUUGAUGGGAAUGGCUUAUGGUGAUGCUAACCUAGUUGCAAUUGGAUCAACACUCACAGCAUUUGAGAUUCUUGCAACUCAAAUGUGGUGGCAUGUGAAAGAGGGAGGGAAUUUGUAUGAAGAGGAGUUUACAAGAGAGAAUAGGGUGGUGGGUGUUUUGUGGUCUAAUAAGAGAGAUAGUGGACUGUGGUUUGCUUCUGCUGAGAGGAGAGAGUGUAGGCUUGGGAUUCAGCUGUUGCCUGUGCUUCCUAUUUCUGAAAUUCUGUUUUCAGAUGUUGAGUAUGUGAAGGAUCUUGUAGAGUGGACAUUGCCUGCAAUAAGUGAUGGUACUGGAGAAGGAUGGAAAGGGUUUUUGUAUGCAUUGCAAGGAGUUUAUGAUAAUGAAGGUGCAUUGGAGAAGAUAAGAAGGUUGAAUGGUUUUGAUGAUGGAAACUCUUUGACUAAUCUUUUGUGGUGGAUUCACACCAGAGGUGGAGGUGAUGAGUAAGAGAUUAAUUUGGUCAUUGACCAUGAAGACAAUGCUGGUUUGGUUUUUUCUCUUUUUUUCUUUUUCGUUCUUCCAAGACAUGUAUCCGGCUGCGUCUACCGUGAGUCUGUUUGUAAGUGAAGCACCAUACUUCACAAAAAAAAAAAACGUGAAAGUACUAAAAUAACCUCUUAAUAAUACUGAUUUUCCAGAAAUAA